GUAGUCGACUUACCUAUCCCUAGUCAGGCAAUAUUUUUUGCGAGUUAUUCUUGGACGCUGUCUGCAUUUCUUAAAAGUCUAAACAUUAAUAAAUUAAAGAAGAAAACAAUGGUGCGAGGUGGCAUUCGAGGCGGCCGACCUAUGCGUGGUCCAAUACGUCCACCAUUUAAGAAAACAUUUGUGCCCAGACAUCCGUUUGAUUUAACAUUGGCAGAAGUUGUGUUUCCCAAAGUUUCGCCGGCAGUGGAUGAUGCGGCCUUAACAGCAGCAUUGCUGAAACGGAAUCAGGAUCUUAGCCCAACACCUGCCGAACAAACUUCGGUAGGGAAUCUGGUUUCGAAAGUUCAAUCUGUAUUGGAUAAUUUAAUAGUGGCUCCGGGGGAUUUUGACAAAUGUCAACUGGAAGAAGUUCGCCAAGUUGGAUCAUUCAAAAAAGGUACAAUGUUGACCGGUAACAAUGUUGCAGACAUAGUUGUGAUAAUGAAAUCGGUACCCACUAAAGAGGCGUGCGAGGAGCUGGCUAAAAAGGUUGAGAAUGACCUCAAGAAUUCAAUGAAAACAGAAGUAUUAACCAAGGCAGACAAAAUUGUUACCACUCAUCAUGAUCGCGGAUUUGAUGUGUACAAUUCGCAAGCCAAAGUUCGUAUAUUAAUUACAACCAUACCACCAAACAUAAGAAAAAACGAAGCAAACAUGUUUCCAGAUGCUAAAGUUAUGCAUGGCCAUCUGGCAGCUAUAAGACAUACUCGCUGGUUUGAGGAGAAUGCUCACCACUCCUCAAUAAAGGUGCUUAUUCGCAUAUUAAAAGAUCUUACAAAGCGCUUUGAAGCAUUUUCUCCUUUAUCACCGUGGAUGUUGGACCUAAUGGCCCAUCUAACUAUCAUGAACAAUCCAUCUAGGCAAGCGUUACCUAUUAAUUUGGCGUUCAGACGGGUUUUUCAACUUUUGUCAGCUGGUCUAUUUCUUCCCGGCUCUGCUGGUAUUACUGAUCCCUGUGAACCUGGACAUAACAGAGUUCAUACAGCAAUGACAUUAGAAGAGCAAGAUUCUUGUUGCAUGACGGCGCAAACAUUAUUGCGUGUCUUAGCCCAUGGUGGAUACAAACAAAUUUUGGGUAUUGAAGGAAACUCGAAUAUUGUCAAAGAAAUGUCUGUGUGGAACGGAGUAGUUGUGUCUCCAUUGGAACGUGUCUACGAAAAACCAGCCGACAAAAAGGACGGUGAUGGCGACGAAGAUAUGGAAACAGUUGAGAAUGAUAAUGUUAUGGAUGAAGACUCUGCAGAUCAAUAAAGAGACUUUAAAAUUCAAUGAUAUCUCAUAUAUAUGGCAAUAGAAGAAAUAAAGAUUUUGAUCGUCAUACCAAUAA